AAUAAGGAAAAAUGAAAAACCCACAACAGGUGUUUGUGUAUUGUUUUUUGUGAAUUUUUUCUCGAAUGACUGAAAUAUUUCGUAUUGAAUCACUGCCCUCAAAGUGCCCCCUGUUAUGUUCCUCUAGGUGUGAAGGAUAUCGUUUGGGAGUUGGACACAAGUUGGAAAUUGCGAGUUUUCGUUUGGAAUUUUGAGGUUGGAACAAAUUGGUCAUUGAUUUUCCACACUCCUCUUAUUGGUUUUUCGGCUGUUGUAAUCGAUUUGGAUUGAUUGGAUAACGGAGUAUGAAGAAUACGUCUAGACAAGAGAGGGCCAAAUCUGGAAGUUUUGUAAUAAUGCGACACCUUCGACACUGGUAGGUCUGCUACGCGUAUCUUCGAAAUCUAGUACGGGAGUUUUCGCGGUUUGAGUUGGAGUUUUUCCAUUCUGGUUGGAAAAUCAUGGAGUUCAGGCGUGGAAAAUCGGAAAGGCGCACACGGAGAUUGACAAAGACUGGCCUGGAGUCAUGGUUCAAGGGUGGAAGCAACAAAAACCCCACGUCUGGAAGCAGGCCGACUUCUCUGGCUGUUUCCGGUCUGAAUGCGGACCAGGACCUGGGUGAACCAGACGAUUCUAUACGAGAAUUCGAGAAGCUGAUCAACAGCAUGAGCGAGAAGGAAGUCAACGCUAAAUUCGAGGAGAUGCUGAGCGACAUGAACCUCAAUGACGACAAGAAGAAGCCGCUUCGCAACAUGGACCUGAAGCAGAAGCGCAAGAUGCUGCUGAUGAAGUGCAAGGGGUCGGUGCAGGGCCCCGACCACAAGUUCGACAAGCCGCAGGAGUACCACGCCUACCUCGACCAGUACUCGAAGCCCGAGUACCAGUCGCUCAGCAAGUUGCUCAACUGCGUCGAAUCGCUCAGGAUAUCGCUGACGAACAACACGUUGGGAUGGGUGAACGACUUCGGUUCAGACGGACUGGACAAGAUACUCAAGGUGCUAGAGAUAGCGCUCAGAAACAACGACACGAAAUUGCAGUGGGAAUGCCUGCGAUGCACGGAAAAAUACAUGAACAACACGAUAGGACUGAAAUCUUUCCUGAACAACACGAAAGGCCAUAACAUAGUCGCCAGGUGUCUGAAUCACGAGAAGCCACAGGUUAUGAUUCAGGCUCUUAGGAUUUUGGCACCUCUGUGCCUGGUGCCCGGCACCGACGGCAUGAACACCGGCCUGGAAAAAACGCUGAGCGCCGUCACCAAGGUGGGCGAGGACAGGAAGAUCGAGAGAUUUGCACCUAUAGUGAACGGUAUCACCAAAUCGAACAACGCCGACCUACAGAGCAUGUGUUUCCAAUUCAUAAACGCGAUGUUGUCGCAAACCGACGACUUCGAGUUCCGGAUGCAUCUCAGGAACGAGAUCGUCAGAAACGGACUAUAUGACUACUUGGCCGACCUGAAGAACGAGACAAAUCCCUUGGUGAAGACGCAGUUCGACAUUUUCGAGGCGGAGAAGGAGGCGGACGCGGACGAGCUCCACGAACGCUUCGACAAGAACAGACUGGACAUGGACGACAUACAGGACUGCUUCGAGGUGCUGAAGAACACCACGUUAGAGACGCCGGCCGAGCCCUAUUUCCUCAGCAUCUUACAGCACCUGCUGUUCGUCAAGGACGACGUGCACAUAAGGCCAGCCUAUUUCAAGAUAAUAGAGGAGUGCGUGUCGCAGUUGGUCCUGCACAAGUCCGGUCUGGAUCCCGACUUUACGAAGAAGCACUUUGACCUGGAUCUACAGCCCCUGCUUGACGAACUGAAGGAAAGACCGAUCGAAAACGACAACGCCAAAGUGGAGGAGCUGAAGAAGCAGCUCGAGGAGGCGCUGGCGGCCAAGUCCGAGGCCGAGGCCAAGCUUGACCUGCUCAUCGGCAAAGAGGGGUGCUCGCAGGAGAGCGGCAAGUUGGAUCCGGCCAAGGUAGCCAGCAUAGGCAAGGCCCUUGCUCCUCCGCCGCCUCCGAUGCCCGGCUCUGGUGGCCCCCCCGCCCCUCCCCCGCCUCCUAUGCCCGGUACGAUGGGAGGGGGCGGGCCGCCUCCGCCGCCCAUGCCGGGAAUGGGUGGACCCCCUCCGCCGCCUAUGCCUGGAAUGGGAGGACCGCCGCCUCCUCCUAUGCCUGGGAUGGGCCCGCCUCCACCCAGGAUGCCCGGCAUGGGCCCCCCGCCCCCCAUACCUCCGCCGGGCAUGAUGGCGCCCCUUGGGGGUGCCCCUGGUAUGAACACUUUGCCUCACGGUCUCAAGCCCAAGAAGAAGUGGGAGAUCAGCGGGCCGCUCAAGAAGGCCAACUGGAAAACGAUAACCCCGCAAAAAAUGACAGAGAAAGCGUUCUGGUUGAAGGUGCAAGAAGAAUCCUUGGCUUCUUCAAAUAUCCUCGAUGAACUGGCCCAGAAAUUCUCCUCGAAGCCUGCCAAACAAUCGGCUGACGUUGCUGACAAGGGAUACAGCACGGGCACUCUCAAGAAGGUCAAACAGCUCAAAGUGUUGGAUAGCAAGGUGGCUCAGAAUAUAAGUAUUCUUCUCGGCGGUUCGCUCAAACACAUGGAAUACGAUGAGAUCAAGAGGUGCCUGCUGAAGUGCGACGAUGAAAUCUUAACUGCCAACGUUGUGGAGCAACUUAUACAGUACUUACCGCCCACGGACCAACUGAACAAGCUCCAGCAGUACAAGGACUCGUACAAGGACCUGACCGAGGCCGAGCAGUUCUGCCUCAAGAUAUCGGAGGUUAAACGUCUGCUGCCCAGGUUGAAAUCGCUCAGUUUCAAGCACCACUACCAGGAGAUGGUACAGGACGCCAAACCGGAUAUUGUGGCGGCUACAGCGGCCUGCGAGGAGGUGAGGAAGAGCAAGAAGUUCCACAAGAUACUCGAGUUGAUCCUGCUGCUCGGGAACUACAUGAACAGCGGGAGCAGGAACGCGCAAGCCUUCGGGUUCGAGAUGAGCUUCUUGACCAAGUUGAAUGGUACAAAGGACGUUCACAACAAAUCGACCCUGCUACACUUCAUCGUGGAGACUGUCGAGAAAAAUUUCCCCGAACUGCUCAAUUUCCACGAUGAGAUGCCACACAUCGACAAGGCCAGCCGCGUGUCGAUGGACACCAUCCAGAAGACGUUGAAACAGAUGGACAGCAGCAUAAGGAACCUGCAGACGGACGUCGCCAACAACAGGGUGCCCCAGAGCGACGACGACAAGUUCCUGGAGGUCAUGGAGGCGUUCGCCAAGGUGGCCAGGGAGCAGUGCGACGUCAUGCAGAACAUGUUCAAGAAGGUGGAGAACCUCUAUCAGGAACUGGCCGAGUACUACGUGUUCGACGGGCAGAAGUACGCGUUGGAGGAGUUCUUCACCGAUCUGAAGACGUUCAAGGACAGUUUCAUCGAAGCGAGAAAAGAGAACGAGAAAGAAAGGGAGCUUAUUGAGAAGAGGGAGAAGGCUAGAUUGGCGAAAGAGAAGGCUGAUAGGGAGAAGAAAGAGAGGGAGGCAAGGAAUAAAGCUUUGAUCGAUAUGAAUCCAACGGAAACGCAAGAGAGUGUCAUGGAUAGUUUACUCGAAGCGUUACAAACAGGCAGUGCAUUCAGUAGGGAACAGAAGAGGAAAAGGGCACAUAGACCAGCUGGAGCUGAAAGAAGGGCGCAACUUGUGAGGUCGAGGUCGAGGACAGGUCUGAUAGCUGGUAGAGAAUUAACGAGCGAAAUAAUGACAUGAUGAGUGGAGGUUACCGGCGAUGCGACGCGUCUGUUCGUAAGUAACGAAAUAUGACACACACAAACACAAUAUGUACAUAAUUAAUAGAUUCACGGAAGGAGCGAUGCGAAAAAAAUUGUUCAUUCUAGCGAUGUAUAGAAUUUAUAUUCUUUGGCGGUUCGCCCUUGAGGCGACCGCGAUGAGAGAUCUGAAGUGUAUUUUUAAUUUUUGAUACAGUGAUAUGUUUUCCGUUGAAGAACUUGUGAUUGUAUAAACUUGAAGUAGAAAGAUGAAAUAUUUUUAAUAUCUAAUAAAUUAUUAUCUGUUUUUUA